AUGGCAAAAAGUGAAAAUUUUAGAAACCAAGGAACAAUAAUCUAUUUGGCUACUUGGCUGUGCCUCGAAGCGGUGCUCGGCCAAUAUGCCCAGCAGACGACGCCAGUCCCGAUUUUGAAACAGAUAAACAGGUACAACGAGGACGGCAGCUACAGCUACGGGUACGAGGGCGCGGACGGUACUUACAAGAUCGAAUCCAAGUACCCAAGCGGUGAGGUAUAUGGCAAGUACGGCUUCCUCGACGACACGGGCAGUCUUCGCGAGGUCGAGUACGGAGCGUCCAAGCGAGGUUUCGAGCCCACGGGCACUGACAUCAACGUUCCGCCCCCGACCAUCCUCGGCAACAGCCUCCCCGACGGCAAGACCGAGCCUGACGAUGACGGCCAGUACCGCGAAGAUCCCUCCGUCUACUACACCGAUCCCAAGUACACCAAUGGCGAACGCUACGAGGCCGUGUCCAGGAUCUAUCCCCUACAGACUCAACGAUCGGACUACAAGCCCAUGCCCAGGUACAAACCCCUGAUGCCGCAUUACCAUAGAUUAGCAGCAGUGCGACAGGAUCAACUCAACGAGUACCCAGAGUACCAGCCCCAGUACAGAACGCAAUAUCAGUAUCGACCAGUAGCGCUCCAGGUCGCGCAGCUUCAACCGCGGUACAAGCCGAUACCAUACCGAUACACUGGCACUGCACCACCGGGCGUUGUCUCCUACAGCGUCAACUACAGUCGAUGAAAAAGCUUAUAGUUUGCAUUUCUUUAUCUCUAGUGGCUCGACUUCUUUCUUUGUACAUAGAUUGUUUUGCUUAUUUAUGCGCCACCGUGAAUGUACGUGGCCUA